UGUAACCCCAACAGCUAACUUCAUAUCAAUUGAGAUCUUGUCACACUGGGUUCACCGAGAACGACAGCUAGAAAAAAAAUUGCAUAACUUUUUGAUUUUUCUAAGGUUAUUGAAAAUUGUGGUAAAUAAAUCCAGCAGAAUGGCAGAAGAAGCAGCAAAACCAGUCGGAAGACCAAUGAAAUAUCCAUACACUUUCAGUGCUAAAAUCGCACAAUUCCCAUAUAAGUUAUAUUUUACCCAUCCCAACAGUUGGUUGUACAAGUACUGGGCUAUUUCGAUCGUCCUUUGUACUCCAUUCUUCUACAAAAUCCACAAAGCUGUCAACUCACCAGGCAACGUUGCAUUGUGGAAAGAAAAGGAAAGACUAGAAGCUCUCGAACACGAACGCGGACAUCAUUAAACACCAUAGAUGUUUGCCGAUUUUCCUACGUUUCCAAGUAAAUACCAACCAACCGUAUCAAUGAAUACUUUAGAAUAACAACAAUCCGAGGAAAUAUCAUAAAUCAGCAAAUGUGAACAUAUUACAGCAUCAAUCGAGUUUUAAAUUGUUAAUUUUUGAUUGUAUGUAAUGUUGUUCCAUCCAAAAUCCAGAUGAUGUUGUAUAGAAAAUAAUUAAAAAGAUGAAAUAAAUUUUCAAACGUGAAAUAAAACAACA